AUGCCUUCAUCCAAGCGUCCCUCAAGUGAAGAACUAUCUCCUCCUCCUCUUAAACGCAGAAGAUCGACAUCUAUCUGCAGCUUUCAGGAUUUAUCCUCAGAAGUUCAAAAGUCGACAUUAAAUAUUUAUCUUUUGGAUGCAAAAUUAAAGCCGGACGCCGUCGAAGAAAUCUCUGCCCUCGUUGAUAAAUUUCAUAAUGUUGACGGGAACUCAUCCUCAAAGGAGGAAUACACUGAACGAGAACUGCAGCUCUGCCCGAACGUAGAAGACGCCGAUGUUAUCAUCACCGUUGUGCAUAUGCGCAAACGCCUCGAGCGACACGUAAAUUGGAAUAUUGCUAGGCGCAAAGCUAUCGUUACUCCACAAUGGCUCAGAGAUAGUGUCGAAUCGGGGCAAUUACUUCCUUGCGGAAGAUAUGCCGCCUUGGGAGAUUUGUACGAAGAGACUGUUAAGAAUUGUCCUGAUGCCAGUGAUGGAAGUCAUUGUCAGGCGUUUCCGGAGGACGGAACAGCUCACCGAAUUGAAUCAGAACUGACCGAACGCAAAUAUCACUCAGAGAAAGAUACUCAGAUCCGCUAUCAUCACCGGUAUGCAUGUAUGCGUCAUUCUCCGCUGAUCUGCCCGAAUCAGGGCCUUGUCGAGAAACUCGCAAUUCUGCGCCGACAUAGAGAGAUUGAGGGCUUCGAUAUGCAAUCUUUGAGCUAUGAACGUGUUAUUUCUGUACUCAAAGCUUUUCCCUACCAUAUCACGCUAGAUAACAUACACGAAGUAUCGGAGCUUCCCCAUAUCGGCAGCAAAAUCUGUUCCAAGAUUCAAGAAUUUAUUCAACACGGAGACAUUUCCGAGUGCAAAAGCAUACUCAGCGGAACCCGGUACCACUCAUUGGUUGAGUUCACUACAGUAUAUGGUAUCGGACCUGCCACAGCCCGUAACCUAUACUCCCUCGGACUUCGGACAAUCAAGGACCUCGAGAAUCAUUACAAAGUAUCUCCUCAAACAAGAGAUGAUAUCGCUAAGAGCCUGAAUGUCAACUUCACGAAAAGGCUUCCUCAACUUUCUAUCAAAGUAGGGUUAGCUUUAAGAGAAGACUUACGUUCGCGAAUCCCUCGAAGCGAGGUGGAAGAAAUUCACGGUGUUGUAAUGAAUGAGCUCGCGAAUAUACGAAGCGGGUGUGUUAGUACGAUCACUGGAGGUUAUCGACGAGGAAAAGAUGAGAGCAACGAUGUCGACAUUGUAAUCAGUCACAAGGAUCUCAAAUCCGGAGGGGACCAAGUCAAAGGGUUGUGUGCUCAUCUUGUCAAACGGUUGCACGAUAAAGGCUUGGUGACACAUGUAAUGCAUUUGUCGGGCUUCCGGGAGCCCAAUGCUCUCCGUACCACUCAUGGGGACUCUCUCGAAAAGGCUCUGACUGUAUUCAUCCUUCCCGAUGACAAGAAACAGAAACACGUACAUCGGCGGCUGGAUCUGAUUUUCGCUGCUCCAGAAGUCUACUGGACAGCGGUCGUUGGAUGGACUGGUUCUAAGAUGUUUGAGAGGGACCUCCGACUCUGGGCCAAACAGGAGAGAGGCAUGAGAUUCGACAGUUCUGGAAUUUCUCGUCGACAUGACUCUAAGCUUUACUUUCCGAAUAGUGAGCAAGAGGUGUUUGAGCUGCUCGGUUUGGAAUGGAUCCAUCCUACUUUGAGAAAUGCAGAUCUCUAG